GGGCUGGCAGGGUUUGAUUGCCUAUGGAUGCCAUUCCCUCGUGCUCGUAGUGGAUGCCAACUCUGCUCAGACCUUGCAGGUUUUGGAAAGACACAAAGCCAGUGUUGUCAAGGUGAAAUGGGCUAAGGAGAAUUACCACCACAAUAUUGGCUCUCCAUAUUCCUUACGUUUGGCUUCUGCUGAUGCCACAGGGAAAAUCAUCGUGUGGGAUGUGGCCACAGGAGCAGCUCGCUGUGAGAUCCAGGAGCACUCCAAGCCCAUCCAGGACAUGCAGUGGCUGUGGAAUCAAGAUGCUUCCAGAGAUUUACUGCUUGCAGUUCACCCACCAAAUUAUAUUGUACUGUGGAAUGCAGACACUGGCACCAAACUUUGGAAGAAAAGUUAUGCUGAAAAUAUCCUGUCUUUUUCAUUUGAUCCCUUUGAUCCCUCACAUUUAGCUUUGCUCACCAGUGAAGGAAUAGUGUUCAUCUCUGACUUCUCCCCUUCCAAAGCUCCUGCCAGCUCAGGGAAGAAAGUUUACAUCUCCAGUCCCCAUUCCAGCCCUUCUCACAACAAGCUGGCUGCUGCUACAGGGGCCAAAAAGGCCCUUGAUAAAGUCAAAAUCCUAAUCAGUAAUGAAAAACCAAGUGCUGAAUCUGUAACACUCAAUGACUGUCUUCAGUUGUCAUAUUUGCCUUCCAAAAGAAACUACAUGCUCUUACUGUAUCCCAGGGAAAUUCUGAUUCUUGACUUGGAAGUGAAUCAGACAGUGGGUGUGAUUGCCAUUGAAAGGACAGGGGUGCCUUUCAUUCAGGUAAUCCCUUGUUUCCAGAGGGAUGGGUUGUUUUGCCUCCAUGAAAAUGGCUGUAUCACACUGAGGGUUCGCAGAUCCAACUGCAGCUUCACUGCAACUCCAAAUGAGGAGCCAGAUGCAGAGCCAGCUCAGGAGCUGGUGUAUGAUUUAAGGAGUCAGUGUGAUGCCAUCAGGGUGACCAAGACAGUGCGGCCCUUCAGCAUGGUGUGCUGCCCCGUGAACGAGAACGCUGCCGCUCUCAUCGUCAGCGAUGGCAGGGUGAUGGUCUGGGAGCUAAAAUCCUGCAUUUCGGGCAGAAAUGUGCGCAGCAGCAGCUCCAGUGCUUCACCUCUGUAUUCCCCAGUCUCCUUCUGUGGAAUCCCUGUGGGAGCAUUCCAAAACAAACUCCCAGACCUCUCAUUAGACAACAUGAUUGGGCAGGGUGCAAGCCCUGGAGAAGAGCUGAGGAAUUCAUUCCUGCAGGAAGUGCACCUCAAAUUCCUGCUGACAGGACUUCUGUCAGGGCUGCCCCUGCCUCCCUUCGCCAUCCGCAUGUGCCCGCCCCUCACCACCAAAAACAUCAAACAGUAUGAGCCCAUCCUUGCUGUUGGUACAAGCAACGGCUCUGUCCUGGUGUUUCACCUCACAAGUGGACUCCUGCACAAAGAGCUGAGCAUCCAUUCCUGUGAAGUCAAGGGAAUUGAGUGGAUCAGCUUGACUGGCUUCAUUUCCUUUGCCACAUCAACACCCAACAAUCUGGGACUGGUCAGGAAUGAGCUGCAGCUGGUGGACCUUCCAACAGGCAGGAGCGUUGCGUUCCGCGGGGAGCGGGGCAAUGACGAGCCAGCCAUCGAAAUGAUCAAGGUGUCUCAUUUGAAGCAAUACCUAGCUGUGGUAUUUAGAGACAAACCACUGGAGAUCUGGGAUGUCAGAACUUGCACUCUGCUCAGAGAGAUGUCUAAAAACUUCCCUUCAGCCACUGCUCUGGAGUGGUCACCUUCCCAUAACUUAAAGAGCCUGAGGAAGAAGCAGCUGGCAGCCAGGGAGGCCAUGGCCCGGCAGACAGUGGCACCAGACACUGAAGUCAGCAGUGUGGAGUCCUCUGUGAUCAGUUUGUUGCAGGAAGCUGAAAGUAAAUCAGAGCUGAGCCAGAACAUCUCUGCCAGGGAGCACUUUGUGUUUACAGGUGCUGAUGGGCAGGUUUAUCAUCUCACAGUGGAGGGAAACUCAGUGAAAGACAGUGCAAGAAUUCCUCCAGAUGGAAGUAUGGGUAGCAUUACUUGUAUUGCCUGGAAAGGAGAUAUCCUGGUUCUUGGAGAUGUUGAUGGAAACUUAAACUUCUGGGAUUUGAAAGCUAGAGUAUCCAGGGGGAUUCCUACUCACCGGAACUGGGUGAAAAAAAUUCGGUUUGCCCCAGGGAAAGGAAACCAAAAACUCCUUGCCAUGUACAAUGAUGGGGUAGAAAUUUGGGAUUCAAAAGAGGUACAAAUGGUGAGCAGUUUAAGGAGCGGCAGAAACGUGAAUUUCCGGAUCCUGGACGUGGACUGGUGCACGUCAGACAAAGUGGUGCUGGCAUCUGAUGAUGGAUGCAUCCGAGUGCUGGACUUGUCCAUGAAGCCCUCGUGUUUCAGGAUGGAUGAGCAGGAUUUAAUAGGUCAUAUGUGUGGAAACCCAGAGCANGUGCGCCUGAGCGCCGAGGAGUGCGCGGACGUGCUGCGCCGCUGGGUCGAUCACCUCUGCUCCCCACACGUCAACCACAAAUCCAAGGCCAUUCUGGUGCUCUUGUCUCUUGGCUGCUUCACAAAAGUUGCAGAGAUGUUACACAGAUUCUGUCCUUUUUGUAACACAGAAAACCUCUAUUUUUUUUUUUAUUCCAGUGAUUAUCCAGAGAAUGAAAAUAUUAAAAGCCUUCUUCAAGAGCAGUUGAAUUCAUUGUCCAAUGACAUAAAGAAACUUCUGCUUGAUCCAGAUUUUACUCUCCUGCAGAGAUGUCUCCUGGUUGCCAGACUGUAUGGGGAUGAAUCUGAGCUGCACUUCUGGACUAUUGCUGCCCACUAUUUGCACAGCUUCUGCCAGGAAAAGCCUGCCAAAGCAGACACAGCUGUCCUUCAGGAGCAGCUGGGUAAUCCUCUGGAUAUAUGCUACGAUGUGCUCUGUGAAAAUUCUUACUUCCAGAAAUUCCAGCUGGAAAGAGUAAAUCUCCAGGAAGUGAAGAGAUCAACAUAUGAUCAUACCAGGAAAUGUGCUGAUCAACUUCUUCUCUUGGGCCAGACUGACAGAGCAGUGCAACUGCUGCUGGAAACCAGUUCAGAGAAUGCACAUUAUUACUGUGAUUCACUCAAAGCUUGCCUGGUCACAACUGUCACCUCAUCAGGGCCAUCUCAAAGCACCAUUAAACUGGUAGCAACCAACAUGAUAGCCAAUGGAAAGCUUGCAGGUAAAAUAUCUUUCUCUUUGCUUGUAAAGUGAUAAUUCUCAUUAUUUUUAAGGAUGCCAGGGAAAUAGGAGUGAAUCCUGCUGUGGUGGAUGUGCUGUAGUGGACACUACACAAAGUUAACACAAAAAUGAUCAGUAACUGAGUUAUAAAAUCCAGCUUGUCUUGAUUUAUUUUCACUGGAAAAGUCACUUCUGGAGUAAAUCUUUUAGCAGUUGUUUGCAUGAAAAGAAGCUGAGCACAUAAUAUGUGUUUUCCACUUUUCUAAUUAAAGGAUUAACGAAAAUUUGGUGUUCGUGUUACAAAAUGUGAAAUACUGAUUUAGUCUUCUUUUCAAUUCAGAACUUUUUUUCAUAAUAUGUGUUUUCUUACAAGUACAGGUUUAUUUUGCUUAAUGCAAGAGCUGAAACAUAACUAUUUCAGUUAUACCCAUACAGCUGAAAUACUCAAACAUGCUGAGAAAGUUAAAAGUG